ACUCUGAACGGACAACCGCCGUCACCGCCAGCACAACAACCACCACCGGGGCGAACCGUGUAACAGUCAAGAUGGCGUCCGAGGGUCAGCUUGACUACGAGUCAGUUCUGUGUAUCAAACCCGAAGUGAACGUUUACCGUAUCCCACCGAGAGCAUCCAACCGGGCUGUCAGGGCUGCUGAUUGGAAGCUGGAUGCCCCUGAUUGGACGGGACGCAUGCGCGUGACGGCUCGAGGAAAAGUAGCCUAUGUGAAAUUGGAGGACAAAGUGUCCGGGGAGCUGUUUGCUCAGGCACCAGUGGAGGAAUACCCUGGCAUUGCAGUAGAGACAGUCAGUGACUCAAGCCGUUACUUUGUGCUUCGGAUUCAGGAUGACAACGGUCGCAGUGCUUUCAUAGGCAUCGGGUUUGGGGACCGAGGUGAUUCAUUCGACUUCAAUGUGGCGCUUCAGGAUCACUUUAAGUGGGUAAAACAAGAAAAGGAGUUUACCAAACAGGCUCAGGCUCCAGACUCUGCUCCUAAACUAGAUCUAGGCUUCAAAGAGGGACAAACCAUUACUUUAAACAUUGGGCAAUCGAAGAAAAAGGACCGGUCUCGUCCGCAGAGUUCAGGUGGCCUUGGUUUCCUUCCCCCUCCACCUGGAGGCAAGCUUGCCCCGCCACCUUCAUCCAGAACUACCAACCUUAACACGCAGCCAGCAGCAGGGGGAGCCGACACUGGUUGCUUGCUAGAUCUUGACUCCAGUAACUCCAACUCAGUGUCUCCAUCAAACCCGACGUCGACAGCCAACAAUGACCUGUGGGGAGACUUUGACUCUGUGACCCAGAAGUGAGGAGUUGUCAGUCCUGCUCUUUGCUUUUUUUUUUUUUUUUUUUACUGUAAAAUUAUGCAGCACUUUUUGCAAGUUGGUUUUCCCCAGCCUGGGGUCCUGUAUCUCUCCCUGCCGAGCAGGGUAAUCUUCCCUUGUUUGGUUCGCUCCUGAAUUCCUCGCUGCAGUCUUAAGCAGGCCAUUUUAAUAGAUUUUUGUGGUUGAUAUAGAUUUUACCCCCUGUUACUUCCAGUAGUUUUUUUUUGCUUUUUAGUAAAGAUAAUAGGAAUAUCAAGGAAGGCAUAUCGACAUCUAAUUACCUGAAGUAACCUUGUAUAUGGAGAAUUUUUCUUUAAACAUUAUAGUGCCAGUAUUGUAGUUGUCAUUGGUGGUUUUGCUUUAAUGUAUUGUAGCUUGAUUCUUUUCCAGGUCUCCAGCUGUGGGACGGAAUAUAUGCACUGAAUAACAGCUGACUCUUUAUGUGUAGUUAUUGAUUCAUAAAAAUGUGCAUCCAAUGGAGGGAUCUUCUAAGGUUGGAUUGAGAUUAUUGAAAAGUUUAUCACAGAAUGGAUUCGCUUGAGAGAGCUCUGUCAAUCCGCUGCUGAUUUACGGUGUGGUCUUUGUAUCCUGCGCUCCCCGCUCCGCUCUUGCGGCCGUGCAGCUGUUAAACACCAACUCCAGUGGGGAUGCGUUGUUUUAGCUAUAAAUCAAGAUGCAGGGGAAGUGCUGGGUGGGAGGGGGUGUUAGGAAAAGGAACAGAGGCAAUGUAUACUUUUAUUUUCGCCCUCGAGGGGAAAGAGAUUAUUUUUCAAUGUUAUGUCAUUUCCAUUAAGCACAGCUGGUGAAGCUGUGACUUUCAAGUCAUGACCUCUCUAAAGUUCGUCAACAGGUCUGAUUCUGACCAGUUUAGUCAGUACAGGGAAGGAGUUACCACAGAGGGUUCAUUCUAUUUAAAUGUAAAGGUAUUUACGCAGGGCUGCAGGAAAAACAGCAUAAAGAACCAAGCUAAUGUGUCUUUAGCAGUGUUUGGUUGUGAAACUGAGCUGGACUAUGUUUCUCUAAAAUCACAAGUAUUGUGUCUGAUGUGCAAUGACAAGUGGCGUGGUGAUGGGCGUACACCGGAGCGCACCAUAAAUGUGUUUGUCUAAAUUAUAUGUAUUUAUCAUAAAUGUUACCUGUUGUUUAAACUGUAAAGUGUAUAAAAUGAAUAUGCAAAGGAGUAAAAUAAAAAACAGAAAUAAAAGCCAUU